GUAAAUCAUCAAACUGGGAAGAAGAGAAUUGGGGUUCCUGGGAUGAAGCAGAAACUCAAGAGCCUGAAGAAGAAGAAGACUUAGCAUCCAAAACGCAAGCAAGUUCCUGGCUUCAGGACUGUGUAAUAUCUUUGUCGCCUGCAAAUGAUCUCAUGGUAAUAGCUCGUGAGCAGAAAGCAGUGUUUUUUGUCCCUGGGGAAAUAUUCUUGAAGAAAUUAAUAUCUUUAUACUUUGCUUCUAGUGAAUAUGUAACCAGUGCAUUAUGUAUCCCACUUGCAAGUCAAAAGAGGAGCUCCACAGGCCGUCCUGACUGGACCUGCAUUGUUGUAGGAUUCACCUCUGGCUAUGUCCGCUUCUAUACUGAGAAUGAGGAACUGAGCAUCCUAUAUCCUUCAGCAAUUGUGACAAUUGACGGUUUUAGCUUAUUUCAGUCUCUCCGGGCUUGUCGAAAUCAAGUAGCCAGGGCUACAGCUGCAGGCAAUGAAAAUGUUCAGCCACCUCCACUAGCCUAUAAGAAGUGGGGUUUGCAGGAUGUGGAUACUAUUGUUGAUCACGUUAGUGUUGGUAUCAUGACUUUAUCACCUUUUGAUCAGAUGAAGACUGCUUCCACUAUUGGCGGAUUUAAUGCAGCUAUAAAGAACAAUCCUCCUGCUAUGUCUCAAUAUAUUACUGUGGGGUCUAAUCCUUUCACUGGAUUCUUCUAUGCCCUUGAGGGCAGUUCACAGCCAUUAUUGUCUCAUGUUGCUUUCACCGUUGCAAGUAAGCUGACAUCUGCAUUCUUUAAUGCUGCUAGCGGCUGGCUUGGCUGGAAAAACAAACAGGAAGAAGAGCCUGUGCAAAAGCAGAAACCCAAGGUUGAACCUGCAACUCCUUUACCUGUGAGGUUUGGAAUCCCAGAUUCUCGUCGACAUGGAGAAAGGAUAUGUUUGUCACCUUGUAAUUCUUUAGCAGCAAUUACUGAUGAUUUUGGAAGGAUUCUUCUAUUGGAUGUUGCAAGAGGUCUUUCUGUUCGCAUGUGGAAAGGCUAUCGUGAUGCACAGGUUGGUUGGAUUCAGAUUGCAGAAGACCUACAUGAAAGGGAAUCGAUAAAGAUAGACUUUUCUUCUCCUAGUACCCCUCAGGGACCAAGCAGAGUGGCUCAGUUCCUGGUGAUUUAUGCUCCUAGGAGAGGAAUUUUGGAAGUAUGGAGUACCCAACAAGGUCCAAGGGUUGGAGCCUUCAACGUAGGAAAACACUGCAGAUUGCUGUAUCCUGGCUAUAAAAUAAUGGGGUUGAACAGCGUAACAAGUCAGGGUUGGCAGCCUCAGACUUAUCAGAUCUGCCUUGUUGAUCCAGUAUCAGGAACAGUAAAAACAGUUCACGUACCUUUCCAUUUAGCUCUGAGUGACAAGAAGAGUGAGCGAGCAAAGGAUAUGCAUCUAUUGAAAAAAUUGGCUGUCUUGCUGAAAGCUAAAACAUUAAAUUUGGAUACGGUUGAGAUGGAAGUAAAGGAAUUAAUACUAGAUGUUAAAUAUCCUUCUACUAAAAAACAGGCUUUAGAAAGCAUCCUGGCAAAUGAGCGUUUGCCGUUAUCUUUUCUGAUGAACAUCACUCAAACAUUGAUGGAGACCUUUAAAAAUCAGGGGAACUCCCUUCUGCUCAGUGUGUGGCUUUCCAAGGAAAAGAUCGUUCUUCAAAGAACCCAGUCAGUUUGCUGCCUUCAAGCUGCGUUGUCACUUCUGAGCAGAAUGACAGAUGAUUCUUGGGAUUCUCAGUCCAUUUCCCCCUGGUGGCAGCAGAUGAGAACAGCUUGUAUUCAGUCUGAGAAUAAUGGAGCUGCUUUGGUAUUUGCUCAUGUUGGGCAUUCAGUAACAGCACAGAUAAGUGAUAGUGUUGCAGAAAAAAAGUUUCCCCAAAUAACUGUAGGUGCUGAUACAGAUUCCUGGGAAGCCCUCUCUCUUGAUAUAGAAUACUGGAAGCUUCUCCUGAAACAAUUAGAGGAUUGCCUAAUACUUCAGACACUCCUGAAUAGUAAACUGAGCAAGAAGACAAGCCCAGUUUCUUCUUUGCAGGCUGAGCCCCUCGGGAGACUUUCUGUAAAGAAGUUGCUUGAAGGAGGAAAAGGAGGCGUUGCUGACAGUGUAGCCAAAUGGAUUUUUAAGCAAGACCUCAGUUUGUCCUUACUCAGAUUAGGCCGACAGAACAAUGAAGCAGAAAGCAAGGAGAAACCACAGCAGACUGACAGCAAUUUUGUAGGUGAAGGUGGAGAAGACCAGCCGAGCAUGGAACCCAUGUUAGAACUACUCCGUUUAGCAUACGAACAGUUUCCUUGCAGCCUGGAGAUGGAUGUCCUCCAUGCUCAUUCCUGCUGGGAGUAUGUUGUACAGUGGAACAAAGACCCAGAGGAAGCACAUUUUCUCAUCAGAGCCAUAGAACAUCUUGGAUGCAUUGAUAAUGGUUAUAUUCAACAUGGAAUUGCUCUAAUGAUGUGGAACACAUUCAUAGUGAAAAGGCUGUCUGCAGCUACCUACUUAAUGGACAAGGUUGGAAAAGCACCAAAAGACAGGUUAUGCAGACGGGAUGUAGGGAUGAGUGACAACGCAGUGUCCUGUUUCCUUGGGUCUUGCUCAGAUCUUCUUCAGAUUCUCAUGGAGGCUGAUAUACGGUGUGAUGAAAUGCCACUUCCUGUGCUGGACACAGAAGAUGCCUGGGUGUCUGUUGAAGGACAAAGCUCGUUAGUGGAGUUAGCACUUGAACAGAAACACAUCCAUUAUCCUCUGGUUGAGCACCAGUCCGUGCUCUGCAUCAUUUUGUAUGGAACCAUGAAGUUCUCCCUGAAGAGUGUGAAACCCCUCUCUCUUUUUGAUAGCAAGGGUAAAAAUGCUUUUUUCAAAGACUUGACUUCAAUUCAGUUACUGCCUAGUGGAGAAGUAGAUCCCACUCUGCUUAGCUUACGCCAUCAAUUCUUAACCAAACUGGUGAGUGCACUGGCUCAGGCCCAAGCUCCGUCUCAGAUGUCAGACAGAUCGGAAGAAGUUGCAGUGUCACUAAAGGAUAGGGAUUGGCCUGCCUUGGCUUUGGAUCUGGCACAUCAUCUUCAAAUUUCUGAGGAUAUAAUCAGACGGUACUACGUGUGUGAGCUCUAUAAUUACGGCCUGGAUCAUCUUGGAGAAGAGGCUGUUCUUCAGGUAGAGGACAAAGAAGUGCUUGCAUCCCAGUUGUUGGUUCUGGCUGGACAGAGGCUGGCCUAUGCUUUACUGCACACUCAAACAAAAGAAGGCAUGGAGCUCUUGGCCAGACUACCUACAACACUUUGCACUUGGCUUAAAGCUAUGGAUCCACAAGAUCUUAAAAAUGUAGAAGUGCCAAUUACUACAACAGCUAAAUUGGUAAAUAAAGUGAUAGAACACCUACCAGAAAACCAUGGGCAGUAUAGCAUUGCCUUGCAUUUAAUUGAAGCUGUGGAAGGAAUGUCAUGACAACAAGACUGAAACUGAAGCAUGGUGGCUAAACAGGUCUCUAAUAAAAAUGAAGAUUGUAUAUAAGAACCAGAAUCAUCUUGAUGAAACAGUCUCAACAUCUUUGGUAAUCUAACAGUUCAAGACUUUCGGGGAUGAUAAAUAUAUGUUAAGAUCUACCGUUGGUGGGUAAUACCAGCAGUGUGUAUAUUUGUGUAUAACUCUAAAUAUUUAUUUCUAAUACCGAGCAUUUGUGUAAUAGUUUGCUUAAGAACAAUUUAGUGCUGUUCAAAUUAACAUAUUAAGAAUUUCCUAUGUGCUAGAAAAUAGACUGCUUUUUAAAUGUUAAAACAAGAUGAAUUCAACCAGAAGCCAAGAAAUCAGAGCUCUUAAAUAUUAUGUAUGCUGGUUAGGUAAUACUUCUUCAAAAUGAUAGCCUAAUUACAUUUAAUCAAGAGGCAAUUGGCCAUAAACUUGCAGCAUUAAAGAAUGGCUUUCUACAGUUAUAUUAUAGCUGAGUUUUCACAAUAAAAACAGUAUCAACUUAUGAGGAGCAAGCUGUCUGAUGAGAAAAAUUAUCAUUGUGGAAACAAAAAAAGGUGUUGCCUCUUCAUGUUUUAAAUAUCAAAUAAAAUCAGGAAUCUAAUUUUAGUUUA